GUCUUUCCGACGUUAUUCAGGGCUGAACCAGAGUAGGCGACUUCCGCUAUUCAACAUCGCGGUAAGACACGCGCCUCCAGCGCGGUAACAAUGAACGCCUCUCGCUUCAACGUCAUCCUGAUCGGCGCGGGGGAGAUCAACUUUGGGUCAGUGGAAGGCCCGUGGAACCACUCCUUACGUCUAGAGAAGAAACUGGGUGACCGGCUCCGCAUCGUCGCGAUAGUCGAUCCGGACGUCCUGAGGGCCGAACUCGCCCUGAAGACGAAGCAGACCUCCGCGGCCUCGGACAACUACCGCGACACGGGGAUAUUCGACUCCCUGACGCAGGCUCGCGCCGCUCUCACCGACGAUCAGCUUCCCAACCUGAUCAUCCUCGGAGUCCCGCCGUUCGCGAGGGGCACGGAUGUUCCCGGUCAAGACCUCGAGCUGCAGGCGGUCAAGCUCUUCCCCGGCUGUCCCCUCUUCGUCGAGAAGCCCGUGUGCAGCGUCGAGCCAGCGGCCUGCCACCGCGUAGCAGCCGCCCUCGAGGCCGCCGGGACGCUCGUCGGAGUGGGGUACAUGCUGCGCUACCUGAAAGCGGUCCAGAUGAUGAAGACGAUCAUCGACGAAAACGGCCUCACCGUCAUGGGCACCAACGCCAGAUACGUGAUGGCUUAUGAGUGGGCCCGUAAAUUGGCAUGGUGGGACAAAACCCGAUCGGGCGGACCCAUCGUGGAGCAGGCGACCCAUUUUUGCGAUCUGUCGCGGUACUUCGGGGGUGAGGUAGUGCUGCCCUCCGUCUAUGCGCGUACCGUGGAGCACAGCGAGCCGCCAGGGCAUCUGUCCGUGAAACAAUUCGACGAGGACGCCAUCCCUACCGCGAACCGGGUGCCGCGCAUGACUUCCGCGACGUGGAAGUACCAGGGCGGCGCGGUGGGCAGCCUGACGCACGUCAUCGCCCUGCAUGGAAACACGUAUUCCACCGAAUUCGAGGUGUAUGCGGACGGUUACCAGAUGAAGCUGGUGAACCCUUACGGCAUCUCGCCCAUGCUCUCCGUACGGCGUCCCGGGGUAGAAGCAGAAGAGAUCCAUACCUUCCAGAACGACGACCCUUUUUACAGCGAGAUCAGUGCUUUCAUCGACGCGGCGGAAGACCGAGCUGCGGCGCACGGCAUUCUCAGUUCCUACCGGGACGCGCUAGCCACAUAUGAGUUGACAUGGCGCAUUCGAGAGGCCAGCGAAGCGUCACUUGCUGCACGGGUAUAG